AUGUCCAGCCAGUGGAGCGGUAAUCCCUAUACGCCUGUCUACACGCCUGGUCCUUCAGCCCCCUAUGCGCAACAGUACGCUCCUCAAACUUCCAAUGGCUAUGACGGGGAUGUCAAGAAUCCUUACGAAGGAGACCGCUUCAAGCCCAAGAAGAGGAUCAAUGACCCCAUCUUCCUCAUACUGUUCAUAGCCCAACUCGUGGGCUUUGUAGUCAUCUCGGUCAUUGUGAUCUCGAGCUUCGUGUCGAACGGAGGACUUGGCGGAGGUGUUGGUGGCGGGAACACUGGGACAUCGGUUACUCUCGACUAUCAUACAGUGAUCCUCCUGCUCAUCGUGGCAGCGGCUGGCCUAAUCCUCGCGACGGUCUACCUCAUCUUAGUACGCACGUUCACGAAGGCGAUCAUGCACAUUACUCUCGUCGCGUCCAUCGCUCUCAAUAUUGGUAUCGCUGUUUACUACUGGAUCACGAAGUAUUGGUCUGGAGCUAUCAUCUUCACCAUCAUCGCCAUAUUCUCGGUCUUAGCGUAUUUCGGGUACCGUGCGCGGAUUCCGAUGGCGGCCCUACUUCUCCAAGUUGUGAUGGACAUCACCAAGCACCACAAGUCGGUUUACUUCGUGGCGUUCACGUCGCUCAUCCUCCAGACCGCCCUGAGCGUAUGGUACACCUUCGUCGUGGUCGCGAGCUAUGUGAGGUACACGCCUGGCAGUUCGGCGUGUACGAGUGACAACAGCUGCUCUUCCGGGAAGGUCACAGGGUUCAUCAUCUUCUCGACGUUCUCGUUCUUGUGGACCUCUCAGGUCAUCAGCAAUGUCGCGCUUGCCACUCUCGCUGGCGGUCCCUUUGGCUGCUGGUACUACUUCGGUCCCCGGCAGGCAGGUGAAAUGCCUAAGCACCCUACGUUCACGUCAUUCGUCCGUGCUUCGACCCUGUCCCUCGGGUCGAUCGCGUUUGGGUCGCUGAUCGUCACGAUUCUGGAACUCAUCCGCAUGCUACUCAACAUAGCCAGGAACAACGCAAAUGCAGAGGGUCAUCCCGUUGAAGCUUGUUUGGCUCUCUGUGCGGAAUGUUUCAUCGGUUGCAUUGAGGGCAUGGUGGAGUACUUCAACCGCUACGCCUACAUCGAGAUUGCGUUGUACGGAAAGUCCUAUAUUGAGGCUGCCAAGGACACUUGGAGGUUGUUCAAGGACCGAGGAAUUGACGCGAUCAUUAACGACUCGUUGGUGGGCAUGACCCUCACAUGGGGCGCAUACAUCACCGGAUUGCUCUGCUCCCUACUUGGGUAUCUAUACCUUCGCCUUACACAUCCGUCAUACAACAAUAACGGCCAGUACACAGCUCCGGUUAUGCUCUUCGCGUUCCUCAUUGGUCUGCAGUGCACACUCACGUUGAGCUCGGCGAUCGAGGCUGGCGUAUCGACGAUCUUUGUUGGCCUAGGCGAGGAUCCGGGGGUGCUCGCUAUCCGCGCCCCCGAGCUAUUUGGCCUCAUCGCAUCCACUUACCCCCAAGCUGUGGAGGGAGUCCCGCGAGCUUGA